GAAUCUCACUCCAGGUCAGACUCAGAUAGCUGUGAUUCUUCAAUUGAGAGAAAGAAGAAGAAGGAGAAGAAGAAGAAGAGGAAGUUCCAGAAAGAUUCAGACUCAGAAUCAGAUAGCUCCUAUUCUUCAGUUGAGAAGAAGAAAAGGUAUUUAAAGAAGGAGAAGGAGAAAAAAAGCAAAAAAGAAAGAAAACAUCACUGCCGUCAGCGGGUAAGCGAACCAUCUGAGGUGGUGCGCCGAUAUAAGACGGUGCUGGGCAUCUUCCAAAAGGGCAAGACAAUGGCAGAGGCGUUCCACAAGUUUGGAGUGGACCGCAACCCAAUUUCACAAACUGCAGCAAUUGCCGAGCUGGCACUUGCUGCUCCGGAAAAUAUAUGCAGAGCUUGUUCAACAGGUGAAGGGGAGAAACUUUCAGACAUUGCAAAAGAAUGCAGAGGGGCUGUUGAGGCUGAUGAAGAAACCUCAGAAGCCAUAAGGAAAAUGAAGGACAAUAACGACCUUCUGCCAAUGAGAAAUAAUUAA